GAGCCCGGCCCGCACCGGCACCGGCACCGGCACCGGCACCGGCACCGGCACCGGCAGGGUGAAGGGCUCGCCAUGGCUGCAGCGUGGCUCGUCACCUGGGGGCUGUUCCUGGCCACCGGGGUCCCCGCCGGGGCCCGGGGGACGCUGUCAGUGGAGCUGCCGUCGGACGGGACCCCCCAGCAGGGCAGGGUCCCCCUGCAUGCCCUGUCCUGGGGACACCAGCAGCCGGUCCCGUCCCCUGCCUGGGACGCCUCGGGGGAGUUGAGCGGUGCCGGGACCCCCGACAGCGAACACUGGGGGGGCGGCAGCCCCGUGCGCUGGUCCCCGCUGCCACAGCCGGGGGCUGUCACCGGGGCACCCCGGGGGACAGGGAUGAGCCUGGCAGGCAGCGCAGCCCCGGCCGUGGUGGAGGAGCCCUUCAUCGCCUGGCGAGGAGGGGAGGCCGAAGGCCAGGACAGCCCCUGGGGGGGGACAUGGCUGCCCCAUGGCUCUGCACUGGGGACGCCGGCCCCCAGGGUGCCCACGGACACGGGGCCAGGCUCCCCGGGGCCACCCUGGGCUGGGCAGGGAACGUCCCCAUCCGGGCACAGUGCCACCAUGCCAGCCAGGACCCCUGGCCCCCGGCCGACCGUGUCCACCAUCGCCCUGACCCCCGAGCCGUCAGGGGGGACCGGGACGGGGACAGCAGAGGCGCACACACGGGGACAGCCAGUGGCCCCGGGCCCCGCUGGAGAAGUGCAGGAGCUGCGGGGCCCCCCCAGCACUGCCCCUGUCCCCCAGCCUGCAGGCACGGGGCCAGCACAGGGUCCCCACACCAGCCCUGGCUCCGUGCAGCCACCGGGCAGGCAAGGGGAUGCAGGAAGCCCCCCCAGCCCCUCCCUGGCUCUGCCCAGCUCUGUCCCACUGCUGCUGGCAGAGCCGGGGGGCCGGGGGGCCCCAUCCUGGGGGCUGGCGCCCGAGGUGGCCCAGGAGGGCAGGGCUGAGACGUGGACCUGGGCGCUGCCUGCCCACCAGAGGAGCACGCGCAGGGCCCCGCUCAGCAACGCCACCGCCGGGGACACGGCAUCCGCCAGGCCAACGGGGCUGCAGGGACCCCAGCCCACCCCAGGGGCUGCCCUCGGCACCAGCCCCACACCGCCGCCCGUCUCCAGCACGCCCCCCCCCGGGCACUCCCUAUGCAGGGCUGCUCCCUGAGCAGGACGUGGGCUCCCCGCAGCGGGUUCGGGGCGCCGUGGGUCCCGGGAGCAUCCCAAAUGCCACCGUGCCUGCCCCACAGCCGACAACCCAUCCCGUGGCAGGGACAUCCCCCGGGACCAGGCGCUCAGACGCCUUGGGGACGCAGCCCCCCGCCGCCAGCACCACCGCGUCCCCCUCGGCCACGUGGCGGCGGGGAGUGGUCUGGGUGACGACGCAGCGCGCCCCGUGGCGUCCCCCGCCACCGGAGCCGGAGCCAGAACCGGAGCCCAGCCACCCGUCACCGGGUGCCAGCGCCUGCCCGGGGUCCUCGUGCGCCGACGGGGGCUCCAACACGACGGCGCUGCGCUGGGCCGAGCUGCGCCGCCCGCUGCGCCUGGCCUGGGCCGCCCACGCCUACGCGGUGGCCGCGCUCUGCCUGCUGCUGGGGCUGGGCUGCCUGGCGGGGCUGGGGGCGGCCGCGGCGCUGCGCCCACCCCACCUGCCCCUGCUGCUGGGCGCCCAGGGACUGCUGCUGGCCGCCAGCCUCCUGCGGGCCACCCUGCUGCUGGUGGACCCCUACGGGGCGCGAGGCCGCCUGCCGCCCCGCGCCCUGCUGCUGCUCUGCACGGCCCCCUUCCCGCUGCUGCUGGCGGCCUUCGCCCUGCUGCUGCGCCGCCUGCAGCGCCUGGCACAGCUCCGGCUGCUGCCCAGCCCCCUGGGGGGGCUGCCGGCGCUGGGGGCCGCGGCCGCCCUGCAGAGCGGGGCGCCGGCUGCCGCCGACCUGCUGUGGCCGCGCUUGGGCCUGGCCGCCGGGCUGGCGCUGCACGGGCUGGGCUGCGCGGCCGGGGCGCUGCUGCUGCUGCUGGGGGGGUUACGGGGGGGCUGGCGGGCGCUGCGGGCCUCCCGCCGCGAGGGGCCGGGGUUACGGCGAGGGGCGCGGGCGCUGCUGGCGGCGGGGGCGCUGGGGCUGCCCUGCUGCGGGCUGCAGGUGUACAGCGCCCUGUGGCUGCGCGGCGGCCUGGGGCCCCCCGGGCGCUGCGGCUGGCCCUGCUGGGCGGCGCAGUGCUGGAUGCGGGCCGGGGAGCUGGGUGCCGGGUUGGCCUUGCUGGCGGGCGCCGCCGAGCCCCUGUGGGGCGGCCGGCACGGCGGCGACGCCGGGCACUCGUGCUGGGCCAAGGCGGUGCGGUAUUUCUGCGCCGGGCGCAAGGCCCAGGCCCCCGAGUACCCCAACAACUGCUACGACCGCGCCGAGCGGGCGCCCACCGGCGACAUCUCCAAGAGCCUCAUCCGCAACCCGGCCGAGCAGCUGCCGCUGCGGGCGCUGAAGGACAGCAACGAGGCCCGGGCGGCCACGGCAGGGGGGGCAACGGGGCUCAGCCCCAAGUGUCCCAACGCGGUGGUGGCCGCCCGCGAGCGGGGCUCCUCGGCCUCCCUGGGGGACCUGGCCUUCCGCCCGCCGUCGCCCAUCGACCUCCGGCGCAGCAUCGACCAGGCGCUGUGCCGCCGGCACCUCCUGCGCGAGGGGCUCUUCGGGCGGCCUCGGCGCGGCUCCGGCGCCUCGCUGCACGCCGCCGCCGAGCCCCCCGGGCUGGCUCGCUGCACCUCGCUGACCGAGCUGCCGGGGCCUCGCGGGGAGUCCGUGGCCUCCGCCAGCUCGCUGGAGAGCUCCUCGCUGAAGAUCAGCUGGAACCCCUGGCGCCACGGGCUGUCCUCGCCCGACAGCCUGCCCCUGGAGGAGGCGCCCAGCCGGGCCCAGCUGCUGGCCCACCAGGAGCCCCCCGCGCUCCCCCAGCCCCCCGACUCGGAGCGCGAGGCCCGGCGCAGUUUCCUGGCGCUCAGCAAGCAGGUGGACGCCCGCAGCCUCUCCAGCGACACCAUCGAGCUCUGAGACGCUGCUCUGGGAGGGGGCGCGGGGCCGGGCAGAGCCGUGUCCUGUCCUCCCCCCCCCCCCCCCGCCCCACAGCCCACACCGGGGGCCCAGCGGGAUGAGCCCCGCAUGGGCCCGAUCCUGCACCCGGUGGGAAGCGGGAGCUGUCCUCGGCUGGCUCCGUUUGUGCCAAAACAGAGAAAUAAAGUUUAUGUCCUGAGCAGGC